AUGGUGGCACGUAUCCUCACGAGCGACGGAAACGCCUCCUCCGCCCUGGAGCGCAACGCCACAAGCGUCACAGCAUUCUCCCUGCCUGGGUGGCAGCUGGCCCUCUGGGCCAUGGCUUACCUCUUCCUGGUGCUGGUGGCCGUCACAGGCAACAUCACCGUCGUCUGGACCAUCCUGGCACAUAAGAGGAUGAGGACGGUGCCCAAUUAUUUCAUCGUUAACCUGGCCCUGGCCGACACGUGCAUGGCCACUUUCAAUGUCAUCUUCAAUUUUAUCUACGCCAGCCACAAUAUUUGGUACUUUGGCCAAGCCUUCUGCCAUUCCCAGAAUUUCUUCCCCAUCAUGGCCAUGUUUGUGAGCAUCUUUUCCAUGAUGGCUAUUGCUGUGGACAGGUACGUGGCUAUCAUCCAUCCCUUCCAGCCCCGGCUGUCGACCCUCAGCACCAAAGUCAUCAUCGGAGCCAUCUGGCGGGCGGCCUCUGGACUAGCCUUCCCUCAGUUUUUCUACUCCACAGUCACUGUGGACGAGGGGGCUACCAAGUGCAUCGUGGACUGGCUGGAGGACAGCAAGGUCAAGCUCCUUGU